AUGCGGUGGGCAGUACUCGGAGUGCUCCCGUUGCUGUUUGCGCUGGGCCUGUGGUGGGAACUUGUGCCCAUCCCCACGAGCCUCAACAUCGUCAACGCGCUCACCGACUUCGUGCCGGCCGUCUUCCACAUGCAGCGCCGCCUGGUGCGCGAGCCCGUGGAUAGCGGCCAUCGCAAGGAGUUCGACUUCGUGGUGGUGGGCGCGGGCGCGGCGGGCAGCGCGCUGGCCACGCGCCUCGCCGAGGUGGGCGACUGGAGCGUGCUGCUGCUGGAGGCGGGCGGGGAGGAGGUGCCCGUCAUGACCAUCCCGUUCCUGCUGAGCCAGUUCCACCACACCGACGCCAACUGGCAGUUCCUCACCACGCGCCAGAACACUCGUAAUUAUUUGAAGGGACGCAUGGUCGGUGGCAGCACUACGAUUAACUACAUGUUCAACAUUCGAGGCAACAGACGAGACUUCGACAAUUGGGAAGCGAUGGGCAACAAGGGUUGGAGUUACAAAGAUGUCGUUCCUUACUUCAAGAAGGUCGAAGACUUGCGGAUACCGGAGCUUCAGAACAGAGAAAACAGAGGAUACGGGGGACGAAUUAGGACUACUUAUCCACCAUAUUUUUCAGAAGAUAACAAAUCUACAAUUUUAGAUUCAAACAAUGAAAAUAGCAGACAUGGGCAAGCUGUUCCUGAGGGGCGCUCGCGAGGCGGGCUUCCCCACGCCCGACGACUACAAAGCCGGGCGAGCAAGUUGGGCAUGCACCGCAUCCAGACCACCACGUGGCACGGCGCGCGCCUGGUCGGCCAACGCAGGCUUACCUGCGCAAGGCGCGCGCGCCGCCACCAACCUCUUCCUGUGGGCGGCCGCGCAGCUACGUCACCACGCUGGGCUGGAGGGCGCGCGCCGGCGCGCGGGUGGCGCUACGGCCCACGACGGCCUGGAGUACGAGGUGACGGCACCAAGGAGGUGAUUCUGUUGCGCGGCCGCCUCAACACGCCGGCCAUCUUGCUGCGCUUCCGCAUCGGCCGCCCGACACCUCAAGGAAUGUGGCUGCCACUGGUCAAGGACCUCCCGGUGGGGCUAAAUCUCAUGGAUACACAGCCGUCAUCCACAAUUGGCGUGCUCAACGAAACCGUCGCGCCGUCCAUUCCAGAGAUCAUGCUCAACCCGAGCACGCAAAUGGACUACUUCACGCGUCGGCAAGGGCCCUCACGUCAACAGGGACCUUCGAGACAUCUCCUUCCACGACCUCAAGGCACUCCCCACUACAGGCCCCGGGUGCCCGACGUCGAGAUGUUGCACAGUUCCAUCAACGCGCCAUCAACCCGCGAUUCGCCUCCAUAUUCCGCAUCACCGACAGGAUGUAGGGCGUCAUGUCAAGCAGCUUGAGAACCAGCCGGUGUUCAUCUGGUCAUAUGGCGGUGCGACCGAAGAGCCGCGGGAAAGUCUACCUGCUGAAACAAGAGACCCAUGACGCCGCCGGAAAUUCGACCCGAGAGCCUUUUCGCACCCGAAGAUGUAGACGUGGUCCUCGCGGCCUACCCGCGAAUGGCAGAAGAUCGUCGCCUCUCCCAGUUUCCAACGAUAUGGAGCCACGGGUUGUUGGUCCCGUAGGCAACGCUUUAUGCCCGGUUGCGAAAAUAUAGUUUUCGACACGGACGAUUCUGGCGAAUGCGCUAUUCGCGUAGGUCUGCCACGCUCUUUCCACCCGUGGCGGUACGUGCAAGAUGGCCCCGCCAGGUGACCCACGGGCGUGGUGACGCCUGACCUCAAGGUGUAGGCUAAAGAAUCUGCGGGUAGUGGAUGCGUCGAUAACGCCAAUUAGUUAUCUCCGGCCACUUGCAAAUGACGUCGUACAUGAUAGGGGAGAAAAUGGCGGACGAAAUCAAGAAAGAAAUAUGGAAAAGUGAAGUAACUCAUGCGGUAGUGCUGCUUGAAAUAAAAGGACACGCGCCAAAAUCAAUUCAGGGACUGGGAUAGUAACAAGAUAAAACCACACUUAAAAAAUAAUGGAAUAAUAUCAUUUGCGAAUAGCGCAAAGCUUUCCCUUACUGGUGUGGUGUACCUUGUUACAGCCCAAAGCCUUAAAAUUCCAUCUCUUUCAAUGACGCAGUUUGUUUUUAAAUUAAAGGUCGUAUCAACUACUGGGCCAUUAGCAGCCACAUAUUUGAUUUUAAUUUCCGAAAGUGUAGUAAAUCUGUUGUAAAGAUGGCUGU